AUGUCCUUAUCUAUACCUCAGGCUUCACAGGCGGGGCUUUUCAAGCCUGGCUACAACAGUUAUGAUGCAGAGGACGGUGCCGUAAUUCGAAAUAUUGACGCGUGCAGGACGAUCGCACAGACCGUUCAGACCUCGCUGGGUCCUUAUGGACGAAACAAAAUCGUCAUCAACCAUCUGGCGAAGAUGAUCCUGACUUCGGAUGCGGCCACAAUCCUCCGUGAACUCGAAGUCGUACACCCAGCAGCAAAAUUACUAGUCAUGGCAAGCCAACAACAAGAGGCGGAAAUGGGCGAUGGCACAAACAUGGUCACAAUUCUGGCCGGGGAGCUACUUAGGAAGGCCGAAGAAUUAAUACGAAUGGGUCUAAAAACCAGCGACAUUGUGUCCGGCUACGAGAAGGCACAGGCAUACGCAUUGAAUUCCUUGGAGGAACUCGAAGUCGACAGCGUGUCCGACCUUCGUUCGCCGGAGGAAUUAAGCAAAGCCCUCCGCACUGUGGUUGCAUCAAAGCAAUCUGGUUCCGAGGACAUUCUAUCACAAUUGAUCGCACAGGCUGUUUUAGCUGUGCUACCCAAAAUUCCUGCCAAUUUCAACGUGGACAAUAUCCGAGUGGUCAAGAUAAUGGGAGGAGACUUGUCUUCGUCAAAAGUUGUGAAGGGCAUGGUUUUUGGCCGCGAACCCGACGGAGCUGUCAAACGCGCCAAAAAGGCCAAAGUGGGGGUCUUCUCGUGUCCCAUCGACAUCUCUCAGACCGAAACAAAAGGCACAGUGCUCCUGAAAAAUGCAAAAGAGAUGAUGGAAUUUUCCAAGGGCGAAGAAGCUCAACUGGAGGCAGCAAUUCAGGAACUAUACGACAGUGGCAUUAGAGUGGUCGUCGCCGGCUCAACAGUUGGCGAACUGGCACUUCACUAUCUCAACCGAAUGGGAAUGCUGGUCAUUAAAAUUCUGUCCAAAUUCGAACUGCGCAGACUUUGCCGUGUCUGCAAUGCUACACCGCUCGCUCGCCUUGGUGCUCCCAUGCCCGAUGAAAUGGGUAGCAUUGACGUCGUUGAAACGAUCGAAAUUGGCGGCGACAGAGUCACGGUCUUCCGUCAAGACUCAGACACGGCCGUGACACGUACAGCGACAAUCGUCCUCCGAGGCGCCACACAAAAUCACCUUGACGACAUGGAGCGCGCGAUCGAUGACGGCGUCAACGUCAUUAAAGCAGUAACAAGAGACGCGCGACUUGUCCCUGGCGCCGGUGCUACAGAAAUGCAGCUCGUCGAACGCAUCAGUCACUAUGCAGACAAGACGCCAGGCCUCCCACAAUACGCGAUUAGGAAGUACGCAGAAGCAUUCGAGGUGAUCCCUCGCACGCUUGCGGAAAGUGCAGGUCUCGACGCCACAGAGGUUCUCGCUCGACUGUACACGGCGCAUCAACGACGUUUGAACACGAGCGAAGUCAAGCGUCGGCAAGCGCCUGAGGAGGAAGAAAGUGAUGACGAUGCUUCCGACGAAGAUGAAAGAACUUCCAAUACCUCCGAGUCUGAAGAGCCGUACUGGACGACUGGCGUGGACUUAGAAGCAUCCGACUCGACAGGUGUCCUGGAUGCCGUGGAAGAGCAAAUCCUCGAUCUCAUGGUAGCGAAGAGUUGGGCCAUUCGUCUCGCGACGGAGGCGGCCAGAACUGUGCUGAGCGUCGACCAGAUCAUCGUUGCCCGGCAAGCUGGGGGACCCAAGCCUCCCGGGCCGAAUCCCAACUGGGACGAAGAUUAA